AUAAAUUUAGUUCAGUAGGAAAGAAACAUGCGAGUCGUUUUAUUAAUCGGGCUUCUUGUCGGAUCGGCUGUGGCCGACACGGCUGAAUUGAACGGUUACGUCGACCAAUUUCUUAAUGGCGUGCGUAAUAAGUUGAUAGAAUACGGCAAUGCAAUUGUAAAUAUACCAGAUGUGAACUACAAUUUCGAGAAAAAAAUAUCGUUUAUUACGGUCAAUGGGGAGCUAAGAUGUAGCGAUGGAUAUAUCAGUUCUCUCAAUUCUUUCAAAAGAUCGUCCGACGCGGCAGUAACCAUAACGGAGAACUACAUAACAGUUAGUGUCGGACUUAGGUUCGACGAUUUGGAGUUCGGCUACGGAACUUGCGAGGUUAAAUCUAACUUCAUCCCGACUACCAAGACGAGAGUGAAGAUGACCGUCGGCACAAUAGCCGUCAAUCUCAGGUUUACGUUUCACGAAUACGAAAAAGAUUGCGAUAUCUACGUCGAAGACGUGUACCUCACUAAUCUCGAUGGAAUCAAAAUUCAAACCGGAACCCGUCUUAUUAACAGAGUAGUAGAUAAGGUCCUGAACUGGGUGGCUAGACGCUUUCGAAAAGAUGCCAUGAAUUUAAUCAACAGAAACAUAAAAGACCUACUUGGCCGUCCAGUCGGAUUAUGCGACAAAUCAUUAGGUUUUCUAAAAUACUUGCAAAACAAUCCAACUGAAUGAAUUAAAACGAAAUGUAGAGCAAACCCAGCAUAUUAUGUGAUAAUAAAUGUGAGAUCAUUUUCAAUUAUAUAUUAAUUUAAACUGAUCAUUAAUAUGAAGUGAUACAUGAAUAAAUUUUGUAAUGUAACAAAUUGACAUUCCUAGUGUAUUUUAGUAUUUAAGUAUGGACUGGGUUUGACUGUGAAUCUUGAAAAAGGACACUAUUCAAGCUCAUCAGAAUAAGUAUUAGUAAAUACAAUUCGUAAUAUAAGGUAAAGAAUAAUUUUUAAUAAACCCAUUAUUUUUAUUUUUGUUUAAUCAAUGCUUAUUAGAACUACCUCUUACAGUGUAACUAUACAAGAGAAAAAUUCACAAUAAAAUAUAAGCAAAAUCUAUAAACAGUUGAGAAAAUACUUAUUGAUUUAAAGUGGCAUAAGAUUUUUUUUUAAUGUUUCACUCUCAACGCCAUUGGCACUGUUUAAAAAAUGUGCACUACAUCGUCUGUUUAGCCGGUAAAAAGGGUUGGAUGGAAGCCGGCAGGAUGAAAAUUAUUUGAUUUGAAAUUUUAGCGAUAAGAAGAUUUUUGCGAAAUUUGUGCAAACAGGAUCGAGUAAUUUCGUUAUAAAACAAACAUUUAAAUUUU